AUGUUCCUGGCUGCCAUUGCUUACCUGUUUACUGUCAUCUCAUCGUUUCUCGCGGCUCUGGGAGAUCCAGCAACCGCGUUGCAGAUCGCCUCAGGCAGUCUCUGGAUCUGGCUGAUCCCGGUCAUUCUGGGAUGGAUCACAGUCGGUACCCAGUAUAGCCACCACUCUAUCCAAGAUGCCCUGACCGCUGAGCGCGCCCAUCGAGCCAUGGAGCCGCCCAUCUUCAACAACGAGUACACCGAUUAUGACGAGCAAAGAGGUCUCAUCGUCCGUUCCGGUCUGACACCACAACCACACCGCGUGCAGACAGUCCAAGGAGCUUUCGAUGCUCCCGAUCCCGAUCGACUGAUCAUUCCGAAGUGGUGCGGCUUCGGUGUCGAAGGCGACGAGCAGCAAAAAGGUCCUACGUUCAACUACGCCAGACUGUUCACCUGGUGGCAGCUGGCUUUCACAGUCAGGAGCGCGCUGUGGCAGACAUUAGAUCAUGAGGGUAACCUGACGGGUGACUGCGUGGAAACGGCUAGGUACUGCGGUGUUGCGACUCGGUCCAUCAGGGCGUACCCGACCUGGACGAAGAUGCCGUCCGAGGUGUACCGCAGGAUGUUCGCGGCGGCAUUGGCCGGCCUAUUUGUCCAGUGGGGCACGACAGGCGCUUCCAUUCUGAUAGCUUACAAGACACCCACAGUGGGUCUUGGCUGUCGCUCGACCUCGUACAUCGUCUAUGGUGCGUUGGGAACUGUAGCCUGGAUUCUACUUCUCGCGUCAGCACUCCUGUCCCACGAAGCCAUGCUCCGGUAUCAAGCACGGCAUACACUCAAUACGUCAAUGGACUUUCGUAUAAAGCAUCAGCCUCAGAAUCCGAAUCAAUACGUCCGCACCUUCAUGCAUUCGGCUAUCUAUGGUGCGGCGGUGAUGACGAGGUAUAUCGGAAAGUGCUUGGCGAUUCUGAGUACGGUGGUUCUUAUCCUCAGCUCGCUAUUUGAAUUCAUCGGCCUGUAUGACAAUUGCUGGUGUCAAGGCAAUGCUAUUGGGCUUGGGAAUAAAGGAUGGGUCGUCCUUUUCAAAGGCACGCCGGCCUUGGCAGCCUCGGCAGCCUCAUCUUGGGGUGGUGGCUUGACCAUGACUCUUGUGGAUUGCAUCGCCUCCUAUACUUUCUUCGCGCUUGGGUCCAUGAAGACGGACGAUGACUGA